CUUUCGGAUUCCAAACAAAUGCACAUGUGGGUCAAAGUUGAAGUUGGAAUAUUCGGCUGUGGAGUGUGGUGUCAGGUUACAUUGCUGGUGAAGCUAGUGGGUUGCCACAUCAUCGACUCCUAGGAACCGGGUUGGAUUGAAGAUAUGUACAAUGAAUUAGAAAGGAAAUAAAAAAGGAAUACAUCGAUACGUUUUAACAUGGAAUAUUUGAAGAAAAUCUGUUUGUUUAUCAACGCGCUUAUCUUGAUCUUGGGUUCUUAUUCUGUGGCUUCCUUGGAAGAUAACGAACUGAAGCUGAUCACAAUAGCUACAGAUGUUACUGAUGGACUUAGAAGAUAUCUGAGAUCAACAAAUAAAUAUGGUUUGGAUGUGGAGGUUUUUGGGAUGGGACAGGAUUGGAGGGGUGGGGAUGUAGCCAAUCACGCUGGAGGGGGUCAUAAGGUCAAUAUUCUAAGAAAAGAACUGGAGAAGUACAAGGACCGAGAUGACCUCAUUCUUAUGUUUACAGACAGCUAUGAUGUUGUCCUUACUGCUGGGAAGAAAGAAAUUUUGGAGAAGUUCAAGAAAUUUAAUGCCCGGGUUGUAUUUUCUGCCGAGGGAUUCUGCUGGCCGGACCCAUCCUUAGCUAACUCAUAUCCUGAUGUGAAGGAAAAUGAAAAACGCUAUCUGAAUUCAGGAGGAUACAUUGGUUAUGCCAAGGAUCUCUAUGAGAUAAUCACCCACCGUGACAUUAAGGAUACAGACGAUGACCAGCUGUAUUUCACCAACAUCUUCCUGGACAAGACACUGAGGAAAAAAUGGAAUAUGAAGCUAGAUGUAAAAUCAGAUCUCUUCCAAAACUUGAAUGGAGCUUUAGAUGAUGUUACUAUCAAGUUUAAGAGUGACCACAGCUUUGCAUACAAUGUUAAAACUGGUACCACUCCAAUCGUGCUGCAUGGAAAUGGCCCCAUAAAGCCCCAGUUUAACAGAAUUGCCAAUUAUCUGGUGGAUGGUUGGACCACACAGAGUGGCUGUAUUUCCUGCAAGGAGGAAACUAUUAGCAUCAGAGAUUUAAAAGAUGAAGAAUUCCCAUCUGUUUUAUUGUCACUUUUCUUUGAACAACCAACACCAUUUGCAGAAGAAUUCCUGGAAAGAAUAGCUCAACUGAAAUAUCCAAAGUCCAGAAUGGACCUUUUCAUUCAUAACAAUGUGGAGUUCCACAAUAUUGAUGUGGCUAAUUUCCUGGAAAAGUACAAUGACCUGUACAGAUCUACCACCGUACUGAUGCCAUCUGAUGGAGUCCAUCAACCUGCUGCCAGAAAUUGGGCCGUUGAGGUGUGUAAACAGAAGAAUGACCAAUAUCUGUUUUCUGUGGAUGCCUAUGCUCAAAUCAGUGACCCAGAUACAUUGAUAGAUCUCAUAGAGCAGAACAGGACUGUUUUGGCACCUAUUUUGAGCCGCCCUUACAAACUGUGGUCCAAUUUCUGGGGAGCUGUUGACAGAAAUGGCUGGUAUAUGAGAUCGGAGGACUACAUAGACAUUGUGGAAAAGAGGAAAAUAGGAUUGUGGAAUGUUCCUUACAUCACCGGGGCCUACCUCAUUCAUGGCUCCCUGAUGAAAGACCUGAGGGAUAUUUAUAUGGAUGAGGGUAAGGAGGCUGACAUGGCCUUCUGUGGGGGACUCAGACAAAGGGGUAUUUUUAUGUAUGCCACCAACAGAAAAAUCCACGGCCAUCUUGUGGAAUUUGAUGACAUGGAGACUUCUCAUCUACACAAUGACCUCUAUCAAAUCUUUCAAAACCCCUACGAUUGGGAACAGAAGUAUAUUCAUGAAAAUUAUUCCAAAAGUCUGGAAGUUGAGAGUAUCAAAGAAUUGGUACAGCCCUGUCCAGAUGUUUUCUGGUUCCCCAUUGUGACCAACAGAUUUGCUGAUGAAUUAGUGGCUGAAAUGGAGCAUGCUAAUCAGUGGUCAGGUGGCAAAAAUGAGGAUCCCCGCCUGGCUACAGGCUACGAGAAUGUCCCCACCGUAGACACCCACAUGAACCAGAUAGGCCUGGAGAAGCAGUGGUUACAGUUCCUUAAGGUGUAUAUAUCUCCUCUACAGGAGAAGGCAUUCGCCGGAUACCACAGCGAUCCUCCCAGAGCAAUAAUGAACUUUGUGGUACGAUACAGACCAAACGAGCAGGACAGAUUACGUCCACAUCAUGACUCUUCAACCUUCACCAUCAACAUUGCUCUCAACACACCUAAAGUGGACUUUGAGGGUGGCGGAUGUCGCUUCAUACGAUACAAGUGCAGCGUGACAGCAACUCGAAAGGGAUGGAUGUUGAUGCACCCUGGAAGACUAACACAUUUCCAUGAAGGCCUUGUUGUUACCAAAGGGACGCGGUAUAUCAUGAUUUCAUUUGUCGAUCCUUAAUAAAAUCCAUUUUUUAAAUGAGUCAUUUUGUCAUAAUUCAUCUGUAGUUUUGUACAGUGUGCUUGAGUGAACUAGUGACAUGUAAAUGUAUGUUUUAUACUGCUGAAUAGGUAGAUUUUGAGUGGAUGAUGUUAAAAUGAGUUUAAUUUUCCUUUUAAUUACAUCACAAUGUAUGGGAAAAUAUCUUACAUGUAUUUCUUACAAAGCGAAUAACUUACUGCAUAUAAACUUGAUACUCAAAAUUUGAUCAUUGUUGAAUCAGUAUUUGUUUUAGACAUUUUAUAAAAACUGGCAGAAGUAAUGUGAUGAAAAAUGAUAAACAAGCAAAUGUCCUCUUGAGAAAUGGAAAUCCGGAGAGAAUGACAGUUGUAGGGUGGUUUUUGAUUUAUGAAUGUAUGUUUGAGAUGCCUGUACAAGUGAAUUUUUGCAUUGAUCUUCCCUUUUUAUGCUGAUCAAUUUUAUUUCAAGUAAAAAUAUGUAUCAUCUGGUGCUUUAAUAUCUUUAUACAUUGUGAAAAAUUAUUUGCUAGUAUUUUAAUUACGUAUAUGAAUUAGAUACUGACAUAAGUUUUCAGUUAAAUGUUUCAGACAGUGGAGCCUAUUUCAGUGACGGCUUUAAUUUAGUCGUAAGUUUUCAAUAUGCAAAGCUUUAAAUUUGAUUGUAUAUACUUGUAUAACAACAACAGUUUUACUAAAUGGUGUUGUCUAGUCAUAAAUACAUAUAAUCUCAGAAAGAAACUUUUUUGAAUGCAUUUUGAUAUUGAAAGAUAGUCCAAAUUGCCUGUAUCUCAGAUUUUUUUUUAAUGGAUUUUGAUGUUGAAAGAUUGUCCAAAAUUGCCUUAAAAGAAGGAUGUAUGUGAAAUGUAAAUAUUUUUGCAGAUCGUGUCAUUAUUUUUCUUGUUUUUAAUAAAGCAUAUUUUAUUUUUAGUAAUACAUGUACAUCUGUUGAAAAGUAAAGAUAUCAGAUCUGGGUUUUUUACCCUAUAAUGUUACAUAAAUUGUGAUCAUGUGUUUUACUUUGGUUAACACAAAAUGAAUCUCAAAUGUGAUAUAUCUAAAAACUGUCUUUCAUGUUCUUUAACACGAUAAAAGAUGUCUGAUGCUAUUAAAAAUUUAAACAAAA